GCGCUGUCAGCGGCAGAUCCUCCCUCUGCAUGACAUCACAAUACAGAACCAGUGAUAUUGUGACGUUCCGCAGUGGUCGGGUGAAAGAGAGUUUCGAACUGAAUCGGCGGCGGCGAUAGCAGCUUGUGCCGACAGAAGUUUGACUCCCCACGGUUUCCGUGCAGCCCCGCGUCGCUCGUGGCGUCCUGUUGCCUUGCAACGCGAACUGUCUCCCAACGGCCGCAGUCCUCGACUUCUAGGCCGCGUUGUCUUGGAGUUCUAUUCUGAAGAAAUUAGUUUCUAACACAUUGGUAUCAUGAGUCAAAAACUCACCAAAGAAGAGAUAGAGAAGCAGUUUGAGCAAUUCUUGAAAGAGUCUGUUUCAGAUGAAUCAGUUGAUUUGGGAAAUUCCCCAAAAUCUAGUGUUCUGAGUUCACCUGGAAAGCAUACAAGGAAAGAAAUCAAAAAUGAUUCUAAACCAUGGUGGCUUAAUGAUGAUGACUCUGAUGAAGGAAAUGUGCCCGGAACCAAUAGGAGCUUUCUCAAAUCGCAGAGGUUGUCCCAAUCCAUCGUAGAGGUUGAAGAAGAGCAAAAUCAGGAGAAGGAAAGAGAGAGGAUAUCUGUAUCUAUCAGUCAAGACAGUUUGGAACGAAAUGACUCCGUCAUGGCAUCAGGGCCUCAGCAAAGUACACCAGGAAUAGGACUGGACACACUUGAAGAAGAAGAGGAGAAAGAGAAGUUCUUUGCUAAUCUUGAGAAAGGAGCUACCUCUACAAUCGACUAUUCUCAGCUAAACAAAGAACUUGAGUCCACAGAUUCAAUACCUCUGGCUACUAUGAAUGAAAAUGAAGACAGACUACAAGUACUGGAGAUUGAGGAAACAAAGGAGGAUGAGUCCAGACUUAAAAGCACCACAGCUUCAAAACAUUAUAGUGAUGAUUUUGAUGAUUAUUCUGAUGCCAAAUUUGGAAGUGAAGAAUUUGGAUCAGAUGACAAUAUAUUGAAGACUAAAUGUAGCCCUGAAACUGUAAAGGAGACAAAAGAGCAGGAUGCAGAGCCUGGUAUGCUGGCAAAAGUUGUCCUGCUAGAUUCACUAGAUUCAACUCUAGAUGCACAAAAGUUAUUACAGUCAGAGGAUGACCGAUCUAUGAUAAAACCUACAACAGAAGAAAAUCAUGGACAGCAAGGCCAAGCAUCUCAAAUGUAUACCACUAGUAUUUCCUAUGAACAAACCAGUAGUGAUAUUGAGGCCUUGCAUCAAGCAUAUUGUGACAUUGAUCGAUCUCUGGAAGCCACAACUGUAAUGCAAGGUAUAAAAAAUCAAAAAAUCAUCAAUUUUGUUCAAGAUCUUCAGAGCCCUGUUAAGGACUUAACAAGGAAUGUUUCUAUGGGAGAAUCCGAUUUGGUCACUGUCGAAGAACUAAUGAAUCCUAUUAAAGCUGGAGAUCUUGUUCCAGGAGGAUAUGAUUCACAUUCAGUAAGUAAAAAUGCACAGCAGGACUGUGAAGCAACAGAAAUAUUCAGAAAAAGGUUGGCUAAGGACACCUACAGUGCUGUGUCUUCUGAGUUACAGCUUGAUUCCAAUCACUUAUCUGGAAGAAAAAGCACGUAUAAAGAGUUAUCUGAAAAAUUAUUCAAGGAAAGCGAGAGCUGCAUGAGUAGAAUUUGUGAUGAAGAUGUAGAAGCGUUAUCUAAUGAAGUUAAAUAUGAUCCUGCAAUCAUACGCAAUGUCUCUGUUUCUACUUCACAAAAUGUUCCUCACCAAGAUGAUCAGAUUUCAUCAAAGACAAGAAGCCCUAAAGUUAAAAACAAAUCCUUUGGUGGGAGCUAUGCAUUUGUCAAGAGUUCAGGAUAUGGCAAAAUGAAUCAAUCAAAGAAAGAGUCCUUUGGUAAUGGUGAAAAACAAACUCAUCAGAGUCCACAAAAGCAAACUGCGUCUAAUAUGAAAUUUAAAGCCAGAUCCCCAUCUGAGCAUACAAAAAACAAAUCAAAAGGUCAAUUACAUGCAACACAGACAAUCAGACCAGCAAAGCACAGAUUUAAUGAAAAUGACCUUGGACAUCCGUUAUUUGCCUCUGUACAGUCAUUUACUCUAAAUCAUCAGCACCAGAUCAACAGUAAGACAGACCAUGCAAAAUUGCUCGGUGUCCACACACAGGAUCAGUUAGUUACAAGACCUGUUGUGGAAAUACCAAAAGAUCAUGGACUGCGUUCAACAGAACCCAGUAACACAGCGAGAGAACUUUCCCUGCUCCAAAAACUGGAAGAAGCGCAUGAGAAAUGGAACAUAGAACAUAACUUUGUGGAGAAGUUGAAAGAAAAAUUGGCAAUGAAAGAAAAGGAACUUAUUGGCAAAGAUGAAGAGCUGAAACAAGUUCCACAACUAAAUGAAGAGAUUUGCAUUCUUCAGACAAAGUUACACAGCCUGGAAACAAACAGAACGAAAUUGAUAUUUGGAGGACCAUUGGAUCCUGUGACUGAAGAAAAGCUGAAAUUAAUUGAAAAGGAAGUUCAAGACCAAGAAACUCUUAUUCAAGGAUACCAUAAGGAAAAUGAAAGACUUUACUCACAGGUGAAAGAGCUUCAGGUCCUUAAUAAGAGAAAUGAAGAGAAAACAUUCACAGAAACUCAACAUUUAAUGGCUGAAAUACGUCGACUCAAGGAAUGCGCAAACAAGGAUAAUAUGAAGCAAGUAUCAGUCCAAGAUAUCCGGUUGACUGAACAAGUUAAAGAUCAGAAUAUUACUGACUUACUUUCACAAUUGAGAGUAAAACAGAAAGAAGAGACUAAACAUACUGAAGAAAUUAAAAAACUAAAACAAGAGAAGCAAGCAUUGAUGGUAGAUCUGGAAAACAUGUCAAAAGAGUGUAAUAUGGCUAAAAUACAACUUACUUAUACUUCAGGUGAUAAAGAAUUUGAAAUGAAAAUAAUGGAAGAACAGUACAAGCAAGAAGUCCAGCGUCUCAACAAAAGGUUACAGUGGUAUGCUGAAAACCAAGAGAUGUUGGACAAGGAUGCAGCAAGACUUAAAGCAGCAAAUGUAGAAAUUGAGAAGCUGAAGGAGCAGGUAGAAAAACUUACUGCUUAUUCCAGAGAUAAAAAUUCGCCUCCUGAGAAACGUGCAAAGGGGAGAGCUCUGGAGGCCAAACGUAUUCAAGAUCUUGAGCGGCAGGUUAAGGAAAUGGAAAAAAUAAUUCAAAGGCGAUAUCCAAAUUCGUUGCCUGCUCUUAUAUAUGCAGCUGCAUCUGUACCUGAAACAGAUUCUGAAAUAGCAGGCAGACUGCAUUCAAGAGGAUUUUUAGAGAAGAGAAUAAAGAAAUUAGAAGCUGACCUGGAAGGAAAAGAUGAAGAAGCAAAGAAAAGUUUGAGAGUAAUGGAGCAACAAUUCCAAAAAGUAAAGAUUCAGUACGAGCAGAGAGUCUCAGACCUUGAACAGCUUUUAGUGGACAAGCUAAUCCAUGAGAGAGAGAAUUUAGAUGACUCGGAUCCAAAAAUGAAGAUACUGGAAGAGGAAAUUUUCAAAUUAAAAGAGGCCCACAAGUCCAAGGAAAAUCGACUCCGGAGUGACAUUGAAAAACUGAAAAAUCAACUUUACCAGGCAGAAUUAAAGUUAAUGGAGAGAGAAGAAAAUUCCUUGAGAUUGGCUGACCAGCAUAUGCAACAUUCAUAUCAGCAUGCCAAGGUAGAGAAACUCAAUUUAGAACUAGCUGCUAAAAACCGAGAGAUACAAGAGCUUUCAAAGACGUUGGAACAUCUACAAAGAGAGAGGAAGGUGCUCCUUAGUAACAAAUCACAGGCAGAGAAAUAUUCACAACAGAAGUCAAUCAAGAAAUCCAAAAAAGACAAUGAAUGUACAGAAUCUUUCCCAGCAAAUUUAGAUGAAAAGGUUUACCAGCCAAGUGACUUUUCUGGCUCUCACAUCUCGGAGGUUCUGAAAGAAAAUGAUAUGCUGAAGAACAACAUCGAAAGGCUAUCUUUGGAAAUAGACCAACAAAGAGCACAAUUAGCCCAAUUUGAAAAUGAUGCAAGGAGAGCACAAGGUGGUGUUGCUGAGCAUGUUGCAGCAUUAAAAGCAGCCCAUCAGCAAGAAGUAGAACAGAUAUUGACUCAGCAUGCGCUGGAACACUCCUCUUCGAAAGUGGCUGAAUUGACAAACAAAAUCUCUGCCCAAGAGGUUAUGAUGAAACACCUUCGAGAACAAAUUAAUGAGCUGCAAAAAGACCGGGAGGCUCUUUCUUUUGCAAAGCUCCGUGAAGAAGCUCUGCAAUCUCAGAUGGCCAAUCUUCUAGAAGAAUUGAGAGAAGCAAAAGAGAAUCACAGCCCAGAAAUGAGGCAUUUCUUGGCUCUGGAAAGGAAAAUUCAGAAGAUGGAGUUCAAGUAUGCUCAGAGAGAGCAAGAAUUCCAACAGUUAAUUCAGCAAGCACGGCAUAAUGCUGAUGCAGAACAAAUUCAAGAGAUCGAGAAAUGGAAGAAGUUAGCACAGUUUAAAAAUCAAGAACUGGAAAAUUUCAGAACAGAGCUGGACUCGAUAUUGGAUGUUCUCCGUGAACUGCAGAGACAAGGGGUUGUUAUUCCUGGUCCUAGUUCCACAAGACAAACUAUCUCAACGUUUACUAGGCAAUUGUAAUGCUAUAAAAUUAUUGUUAUGGAAUGGCACUUAUGGAAUGCCUUACUGGAAUUUGUAUUCAUGCAUGCAGUCUAUGAAGCUGAGCUAUGGUGCUGCUUGAUCAUAAAAAGUCUGUUCUUUGUGCACAAAUGAUAAGUUGUUUGGGAGAAACAUGUUUGCCACAGCUUGCUCCUCAUUUUGUUUGAUUAGUCUUCUUAGUUUAAAAACUGCUGUUCGAUUAAACUUUUUAUAUGAAUUUGA